UUUUUGGAUCACAUAUUCUUGGACAACAUUCAUAAGUAUAAUGAUCCUCAACCUCAUCAUCGUCACUAUGAAAAUGCAAGUGAAAAGGGAAUUGGGGAUAUGUCAGGUGAUGCCUGGCUACAGCGUGAGUGCCCUCUUGAAGAAAAAUCCUAUCAGACAGACAGACAGACGCGUGUGCUGUGAUUGAUGUUCGUAUGAGUGUGUCAGCAUACCGACGGCGAUCGCCGUGAGGAUGCAGGACACCAUGCAGAACACAAAGACAGCAUAAAACGCGGUGAAGCUGUCCUCAAGGCCACUCCUGCACAUGACACACAGAGCCAGGACGGGCAUAGAGAGACGCUUCAAUCGUGUGCAGUGGGAAGAUGCUGACCUGAGGUUCAUCCCGAAUAGGCCGCCGACACACGCCCCGAAACCCACAACGACGCCCACAGCAUUCAGACCUGCAGAAAUCCAUCCAAAACGCACACUCUUUCCAUCUGUGUGUCUUGUGUCCGUUUGCUGUUGUACCCAGGUCAAGCUUGAGCACUCUAUUACGCACGGUGGCUGAUCGACCACACCACACAACACCACACAACAUCAUACACACACGCAUGAAUGGAGACGCGUCGAUGUCGCUUGGUUAGCUUGCUCUCUGUCUCUUUCACUCACCCAGGUGGAGAUUCAUCAGCUGUAGCACGUCAUCCAGCGUCUGCACAGUCGCCCACACAUACACACACAUACAAACAAACACCACAUACAUGCGAUGGGCUGUGCGUCUGCACCCACCUCGUCGAGCAGGCUGAUGUUGUGGUCGAGGAGCUCCGACUCCUGCAUAUAGCACUUGAGCAACAGCUCCACGUCCUCGGUGCUGUACGGCUCAUCACCAGCCUCCUCAUGCUCGUAGUUUUCGGGCGAUACUGGCCCGGCAGCGUUCCUCCCCUCCUCAGACUGAUGGUUCAUCGGGCUGUCUGCCGUUCCUGCAUUCGUCUGCUGCUCGUCAGCACCAACAUGACGCGUGCCAAAGUGACCACAGAAGGAAAAGGGAGACAGAUGAAUGUGUGUGAGUCUGGUGGGGGUGGUGUGGCGUACAUGUGGGCUCUCUGCGAGUGAGUGUGCGGAGCCGCGGAAUGCCCCGGCGAAUGUGGGUGGAAGGGUGGCCGCGCGGUGGUCGUGGCCCUUCCUGUGCACAGUGAGGAGGACGUGCUGCUGAGAGAACCGCCGCGUGGCGUCUGCUGAGGGGGUCUCGACCAAUAUCGACGAUGUUGUUAGGAACGAUGUGUUGAUGCUGGAUGAGUGGGUCUGCGUCAUGUGUGCGCGGGCCAGGGAGGGGCAGACGGGGGGCAGGUAGGGGAAGGCAGGCGCUUCGGAACUGAUGGAUUAACAAGCGAGACACACUCAUGUGUUGGAUAAUGCCGGUGUGUCUCUCCGUGUCUGUGCUGACUGACCCUUUCCGUCUUGCCUUGUGCGCUCGCCGAUGGCGGAGACGGGGAGAGGAGGCACAGGAGGCGGAGAAUCUCUUCUGCGACAAUCCUCUUCUGCAGCUUGCUUUGACGAGACUCCCCUUACGAGCGCCUUCAACCCUCUGACCUCGGCUUUCAGCUCCUCCUGAAUCUUCCUACCCCCUUUUAGCUGAUUCCCAUGCCUCUCUUGCACAGUCUGGACCCCACCCAGCGCCUCUUUCACGCCAGCAAUCUCCGCCCGGACUUCCUUGGCGUUCUUGAUCAUCGCUUCCCUCAGGCUCUCAGUGGCGUGUUUGUUCUCCGCUAUGUGACAAUCGGUACGAGACAGAUGUUCUUUGAACGACUUGAUGAGAGCGUCCAUGGUGAAGUCCACCUUAAGCUCCAGCCGACAGAGACGCUCAUCCAUCUUCUCCUGCCAUUCAUCGUGGUGGCUGCAUUCAACGUUUGGCGCCUGGGGCUUCGCAUCAGAUUGCAUGGUGCUGCUGUACCGCGUCGCCCGGCCGGACAACAGGGGAUAGGAAGCAGUGCCGCCCGCCGUGUCAGGUCCCGUCCACUUGAGUCAGAUGGUGCCCGCCGUGGGCCCACUUGGAACCAUUGCAGAUUAAGAGUUGUAGGCAAGAGCUCGCGAGCCAACGCGUCACCAACUUGGAAAGCCGUGGGAUCUUGGUUUUGAUGUCCUUCAGUAAG